CAAAUCCCAUUAUGUUCAAACAAUUUAUGCACAAAAAAGUAAAAAAUCCUGGGAAAUACCCAAAUCAAGCAAUAAAACUAGGAAGAACGGCAACUAUUUUUGUGAAGUGAAAAGUAAAACCAGUUUAGUGGCUAGCAUUGUGUCGUGUCCCCCCUCCACCGCAGCUGGCCCCCAGUUUGGACUCGCUGAAGUUUAGAAAAAAUAUAUAUUUGAAUUAAAAAAAUAACUGUUUCAUAUAUAUCAUGAUUGGCCUUUAAUCGAGCGGUCCUAUCAAUUUUUUCGUUUCCCUGUGAUAAAUAUGAUAAUCAUAUCCUUCUAGACAUGUCUAAAAAAAUCGAGAUAUAUACAGGGUAUUCGAAAAAGUUCACUUGAUUUAAUAGUAAUAACAAUUAAAAAUUGGUUUGUCUUAGUUUAUUAAUAGUUCUUUUUGUAGUCAUCAGUUAUCAUACAAUGAUAUUUUGCAAUUGUUAUUACUAUAAAAUAGGGCGAAAUUUCACACCAUGUAUACCUGUUUCAACUGGUAUUGAAGUUUGAAUUCCAUAGGCCCACCAGUCAUUUUUUUUGUAUUUCUUGCUUUUUUAUGACUUUUUGUAUUUUAAUCUUUUGUGUAUAUUUGAAACAUCCAAUAUAUGUUUAGCUUAUUAAUUGCAUUUCAUUUUCAAUCUCUCUUUGUUAAGUUCAUUCAGGAGUUGCAAUAAUUUCAUUUUUCAUUCAUUGAUUGUUGCCAGAUUCAAUAUAGGUAAUUAUAAUAAAUUACCUGCCUAAAAUAGCACUGAUAUAAUUAAUAACAGCUGCAAGAAACUGGCAACUAUCAAACCAGAAAUUUCAAGGAGGUAAUAUAGAAGAAUAAAUGUAGAUUCCCUGUCAACUGCGUCUGUGAGUAGCUCUUUAAAAAAUCAGUGAUUGCUUGUAGUGGGUCAGUAGUUGCUUACAGCCUGGCUAUCAAUACUCCAGUUGUUUCGAGUCACGUAUCAACUACUAUCUACAGACUUCUUUGUCGAAAGAAAUUUUUACAACUUCAUCUUAGAAUUUCAGUCAACGGCUUGGGUCCUAAAAACGAUUGAACAUUUGGAUUUGAGAAAAAAAAUGAAACAUUUGUAUUCCAGUGGUUCCCAAAACUCUAUCAGUACGCCCAACUUCAGUUAAGAGCUGGACUAAUAAGCAUAAGUUUAUUUUGACUCUAUAAUCAGCAUAUUAAGCCAUGAACUAAUUGAAUAAUUCAGCUUGGAGUUUAGACCUUACUCUAAACAUAUUAAAAAGAUACGAUAUGAUGGCUGCGAAUCCAGAUACCAGUUACUCUAAACAAUUUGAAACUCCAGCACAGAAUACUGUAAUGCCAACUGCAAAUGUUCAACUACAACAACAAGCUCCAGUCGGACAAGUUAUAAUGGCACAAACUCAACCACAAAGGGCAGCAAUGAGUCAACUCAAACCACGGAAAAAAUACAAAAAUGUUCUGUUUUAUCUUGGAACAGUGGAGAUCAUUUUAGCGGUACUCUGCGGCAUUUUUUGUGUUGUGACCCUUAUCCUGGGAGCAAUAAAUUCUCCCUCUUAUAUUGUCCAUGACCGUUGGAAUGAUCAACAUCAUGAAUAUAGAGUCACAUAUGGCACCAAUACGGUGGCACACGGAAUAUGGUGCGGCGCUGUCCUUCUAGUAUCUGGCAUCCUGGGAUUGAAAACUAAGCACCAUACAUCACCGUGCAUGUACCGGGCUAACAUGACUUUCAGUAUUUUGGCAGCAAUUUUUAUGGUGAUUCUACUCUGUUUGUCUGUCAUGAGUAUUUUGACGAUUUACCCACGUUCAUAUAGAUACAUAGUUAUGCCUUUCCAUGUUAUCCUUGCCAUCCUUGGAUUUAUAGGCAUGAUAAUCUGUAUUAUCCAUGCAGCGUUUUGCUGUGCUGGAAUUUGUUGUCGAAAUAGGUUCCAGCAAAUUAAUGUAACUUACACAGCACGACAAGGUCAAACGGUGCAACUUGCAAAUGGUCAGUAUGUAAUGAUGCCACAAGGUUGCCAAACAUCAGGAGCUAUGUGUUAUGCACCCACAACUGUGCCUGUCCAGGCUGGAGGAGCCUCCUCAAUGCAGUAUGCGUCGACCGCCAUUCCCAUCCAAGUGGGUGGAGCCCCAACAAUGCAGCCACCCCCUGUGCCCAACCAGGCUAGAGCUCUUCCGCAAGGGCAGUAUGCAAACAUGCCAGCUCAAACUGGAAUAACCCCCGUACCAGCCCCCAUGUCUUCCCAAAGCUCUGUAGUAUUUCCCACAGGACAAUCAUCUCAGCAAGCUGUAGCUCCUUAUUCCACAAUGCCCACGCAACCCUUAAUAACCGAAGAUCGAGAAGACCAGAUUAGCGCAAAUCCUCCAGAAUAUAAUAAGAAAUAAUUCAGAACAUUCAAAGUUUUGUCAAAAAAUAUUCUGAACUGGGGAGAUAUAUGCAGUAAUGCAUGCAUAACUGUAAGAAGCAAACGAUAUAGUCUACCUAAUGUGAUGAUAAAAUAUGAUUUACAUAUUUAUCCCAGGGGAGAGGAAAACCGAUAAGACGGCCUAAUCAUAUGGCGAACCACGGCCUCUCAUCCGGUUACCAUUCCAUGUCAGGUAUGGGAUUAGUUGGC